AUGAUUCUCCUCUAUGUUCUCAUCUUGCUCGGCUGUUCGGUCGCUCAUGACAUUCCGGACAAGGUGGAUCCUUUUCUCGAGUUGUUGUUCGAGACCCCCGAGUGUAAGUUUACUUUAUGUUGAUAUCAGUGUGCUUUCUUGGUCAAAUUCACUUUUUCGUGGUUUGACUUUUGUAUAUUCUAAUAGACUUUUUAAUCUUUUUGACUACAUAACAUAAUAUUAUUGUAUUUUAGGCGAAUCAGUUGUAUCAAGUGUCGACUUUCUGAUAGUGGAUACGAUAAAAUGUGCACCAUUCACCUGUGCCUUCCCUCAUCAAGUGUGUAUGAGGAAGAGCAGCCUGUUGAACGAAGAGAAGGCCAAUCAAUGUAGGCCAAUCCCCAACUCUGUAGGUAGUUGAACUUUGGUUUGUUGUUCGUAUUGUUUGUCUACCGCAAGCUCAAUCGGUCAGAUGGUUAUUCUAAAUAACUUGUGAUCGUUAUGAGUCAAUAAUUGUAAACUAAAUCUUCAGUUCUAAGGUUUUUUUAAUUUAUGGUUAUUUUGGAAUUUAAAUUAUUAAAACUCGUUGACUUUGAUGUAAUGUAUAAUUUCUAGUGCAUAACGGCUGCGAAUGGUGGAAUACCGGUGACAAAAGCAACUGCACCAGCUCCAACUCUCCCACCAACUCCGCCACCGAAGCCGAUACCAGGGGGCAGACAUGUAGAUCCAGAUCCUGAUCCAUCUGUGGAUCUGGAAGGAGAUUUUGAAGAAGAAAACGGUAAAACCUUAACGUUACCAUUGUUUUGAUAUAAAAUUGUAAAAAAUUGUUAAACAGAAGCACUUUUUAUACUUUUACUUUAAAUUUGAAUUUCAAACAUUUUUGCUGUAGUUUGUCAGUUUUGAUUGGAAUAGUUUCAAAGUUUUAAGGGUUUGGUAUAAAAAUUCAUAUUUUAGGUCCAGAACCAGUAUUUAUUACGCAACCACCUCACAACAGGUUCAGUGGUAUGAAGUUGUCCAAGCUGUCCGUUUGUGAACAAGGGAUUCCGAUGGGCAGAUUCUGUGGAUUCAUGUUGAAGUACACGUACAACAAGGAGACUGGUCUCUGUGAAAAGUUCUGGUUUCCAGGAUGUAGGACUCCAGAGACCAACAACAACUUGUUUGAUGAAGAACAUCAAUGUAUGCAGGCUACUACAGCUUGUCAACGUGAGUUUUACUUGAGCUUUGAUGUUUACUGUACUGUAAUUUUAAAUUGAAUUUUCGGUUUCGGUAUCAGUUUAUUUAUCAAACCUAAGCACACUUUAUGUUGACAUACUUCUAAUAUAAUCACAAAAUGUUACUUUGAUUUACUCAGGAGGUGUACGAACAGCACCAGCACCACCCCCACUUCCUCAAGAGCGCACCAUCUUUACGAAAACCGAAUCCGGAUCCAGCGGCGGCUUCAUUCCUCAGAUCCCUCAAGGAUCUGGAAGACCGAAGCCUGAAUCUGGCUACGGUGGUGGUCCUUUGGGCACGGGGGGAGGGGGUGUUACUCAACCGCCUAACUUCAUUAGAUUAAUAGCUAACACCAUUCGUGAGGUGGGACAGUCUGGAGGGCACGGUGGAGGCGGAGGUGGCAUGAACAUGGGCAACAUACUCAAGAACAUUGACCCUGGACAGUUCGCGAACUUGUUCCAGCAGUUGUAAGUUGGGGAUGUAGUGGGGUUAUGGCAGAAAAGGUUACUGUAAUGCCUCUGUUAUGUAAGUGAAUAAUAUAUUUUUAUUCAGUGGCUAA